AUGAUGGAAAACAAAGAACGUACCAGACAGACUCCCAAAAGAAAGGGAAAUUACAGAACGUACCAGUCAGACUCCCAAAAGAAAGGGAAAUUACAGAACGUACCAGUCAGACUCCCAAAAGAAAGGGACAUUACAGAACGUACCAGACAGACUCCCAAAAGAAAGGGAAAUUACAGAACGUACCAGUCAGACUCCCAAAAGAAAGGGAAAUUACAGAACGUACCAGUCAGACUCCCAAAAGAAAGGGACAUUACAGAACGUACCAGUCAGACUCCCAAAAGAAAGGGAAAUUACAGAACAUACCAGACAGACUCCCAAAAGAAAGGGAAAUUACAGAACGUACCAGUCAGACUCCCAAAAGAAAGGGACAUUACAGAACGUACCAGUCAGACUCCCAAAAGAAAGGGAAAUUACAGAACAUACCAGACAGACUCCCAAAAGAAAGGGAAAUUACAGAACGUACCAGUCAGACUCCCAAAAGAAAGGGAAAUUACAGAACGUACCAGUCAGACUCCCAAAAGAAAGGGACAUUACAGAACGUACCAGUCAGACUCCCAAAAGAAAGGGAAAUUACAGAACGUACCCGACAGACUCCCAAAAGAAAGGGACAUUACAGAACGUACCAGUCAGACUCCCAAAAGAAAGGGACAUUACAGAACGUACCAGUCAGACUCCCAAAAGAAAGGGACAUUACAGAACGUACCAGUCAGACUCCCAAAAGAAAGGGACAUUACAGAACGUACCAGACAGACUCCCAAAAGAAAGGGACAUUACAGAACGUACCAGUCAGACUCCCAAAAGAAAGGGAAAUUACAGAACGUACCAGACAGACUCCCAAAAGAAAGGGACAUUACAGAACGUACCAGUCAGACUCCCAAAAGAAAGGGACAUUACAGAACGUACCAGUCAGACUCCCAAAAGAAAGGGACAUUACAGAACGUACCAGUCAGACUCCCAAAAGAAAGGGAAAUUACAGAACAUACCAGACAGACUCCCAAAAGAAAGGGAAAUUACAGAACGUACCAGUCAGACUCCCAAAAGAAAGGGAAAUUACAGAACGUACCAGACAGACUCCCAAAAGAAAGGGACAUUACAGAACGUACCAGUCAGACUCCCAAAAGAAAGGGAAAUUACAGAACAUACCAGACAGACUCCCAAAAGAAAGGGACAUUACAGAACGUACCAGACAGACUCCCAAAAGAAAGGGACAUUACAGAACGUACCAGACAGACUCCCAAAAGAAAGGGAAAUUACAGAACGUACCAGACAGACUCCCAAAAGAAAGGGAAAUUACAGAACGUACCAGUCAGACUCCCAAAAGAAAGGGACAUUACAGAACGUACCAGUCAGACUCCCAAAAGAAAGGGAAAUUACAGAACAUACCAGACAGACUCCCAAAAGAAAGGGAAAUUACAGAACGUACCAGUCAGACUCCCAAAAGAAAGGGACAUUACAGAACGUACCAGUCAGACUCCCAAAAGAAAGGGAAAUUACAGAACAUACCAGACAGACUCCCAAAAGAAAGGGAAAUUACAGAACGUACCAGUCAGACUCCCAAAAGAAAGGGACAUUACAGAACGUACCAGUCAGACUCCCAAAAGAAAGGGAAAUUACAGAACAUACCAGACAGACUCCCAAAAGAAAGGGAAAUUACAGAACGUACCAGUCAGACUCCCAAAAGAAAGGGACAUUACAGAACGUACCAGUCAGACUCCCAAAAGAAAGGGAAAUUACAGAACAUACCAGACAGACUCCCAAAAGAAAGGGAAAUUACAGAACGUACCAGUCAGACUCCCAAAAGAAAGGGAAAUUACAGAACGUACCAGUCAGACUCCCAAAAGAAAGGGACAUUACAGAACGUACCAGUCAGACUCCCAAAAGAAAGGGAAAUUACAGAACAUACCAGACAGACUCCCAAAAGAAAGGGACAUUACAGAACGUACCAGUCAGACUCCCAAAAGAAAGGGACAUUACAGAACGUACCAGUCAGACUCCCAAAAGAAAGGGACAUUACAGAACGUACCAGUCAGACUCCCAAAAGAAAGGGAAAUUACAGAACGUACCAGUCAGACUCCCAAAAGAAAGGGAAAUUACAGAACAUACCAGACAGACUCCCAAAAGAAAGGGAAAUUACAGAACGUACCAGUCAGACUCCCAAAAGAAAGGGAAAUUACAGAACGUACCAGUCAGACUCCCAAAAGAAAGGGACAUUACAGAACGUACCAGUCAGACUCCCAAAAGAAAGGGAAAUUACAGAACAUACCAGACAGACUCCCAAAAGAAAGGGACAUUACAGAACGUACCAGUCAGACUCCCAAAAGAAAGGGACAUUACAGAACGUACCAGUCAGACUCCCAAAAGAAAGGGACAUUACAGAACGUACCAGUCAGACUCCCAAAAGAAAGGGAAAUUACAGAACGUACCAGUCAGACUCCCAAAAGAAAGGGAAAUUACAGAACGUACCAGUCAGACUUCCAAAAGAAAGGGAAAUUACAGAACAUACCAGACAGACUCCCAAAAGAAAAAGACAUUACAGAACGUACCCGUCAGACUCCCAAAAGAAAGGGAAAUUACAGAACGUACCAGUCAGACUCCCAAAAGAAAGGGAAAUUACAGAACGUACCAGACAGACUCCCAAAAGAAAAAGACAUUACAGAACGUACCCGUCAGACUUCCAAAAGAAAGGGAAAUUACAGAACGUACCAGUCAGACUCCCAAAAGAAAGGGAAAUUACAGAACGUACCAGUCAGACUCCCAAAAGAACGGAAAUAA